AUGAGUAGAUAUUGUGGCCACUCUUUGAUAAAGUCAAGACAAGACUCAUUGACCUCUCAACGACUUGACUUCCAUUCUCUCUCUGUAUUCUACAAUCAUAAUAACAAUAAUAACUUCUCUUCUCACACCUUCUCAUCUCCUUCUACUACUGCUAGUCAUGAAACUCCCCAUUCUACUUUAGAACCUUCAUCCAUCAAUUCCGCAAAAGCUCAUCAUUCAAACAAACCCACAACAACUGCAACCACAGCAACCACAAUUGAUGAAAACACAGAAAAAUUCUCUCUUCUGGGCAAAAUCAAACGUUUCAUCAAGACGUACGGUUUCAUGGGUUUAUUUCUCUACUUUUUCAUGUACUUUUCCACCUUGGGUUUCUUGUUUGUUAUUUUACAUCAAAACAUUUUACCCACUCGACAAGUGUUGGAAUUUCUGAGUGAGAAUGGUUUUCGUUCCUUCAUUGGAGACUCAGAAAAGUUGGAAACCUCUCAAAAGUAUGCGAACUUUGUGUUGGCUUAUAUUGUGAAUCGAUUGUUAGAACCUAUUCGAUUGGUCAUGACUUAUCGUUGGACUCCAAAAGUGUCAUAA